GAUAACUGCCCACAGUUUUUAUACCUAUUCCUUUUUAUUCUAUAACAUUUUAAAAAAUACAGAUGGGCCAGCCAGAGUUUGUAUUCAGAGGCCACCAGGCUGCGGUCAACAGCGUGAGCUUUUUUGCUGAUGACCGGUUUCUAGUGUCUGGGGACCAAGACGGCCAUCUGAUUGUGUGGAACAUGCUGCUCAAACGGCAGCUGGUUACAGCAACUGCAGCGCAUUCAGCAGCAAUUUUAAAGGCCUGUGGUGUUAGCGGCGACACAGUCCUUAGUCAGGGUCGAGACAACAAGCUGAAUAUUUGGAAGCUCGUUGCCAGUGAAUUUUCCGGUAGUCUUGAGCUUGUGCGGUCGAUUGGCGCAGAUUCUAUGAGCUUUUGCAAGUUCUCGCACUGCAAAGUUGGGGGCACUACAUGGGUUGUGGCCUUGGAGAACGCCGGAUCCGGAAAGGCCUACAUGUAUAACAUUGACGGAUCACAGCAUUUGUCAUUCAGCAUUGAGCGCAAGAGCCAGACCAAGGCAGGCGAGCGGGAGGACUCGCCGAUGUGCAUGAAGCUAGUUUCACAAGGUACAGACCGGUUCUUGUUGCUAAUUGGUUACGAGAGUACGAUGCUGCAAUGCUUUGAAAUAUUGAUGGACUCGGCGAUAUCAUGCACAUCAAAUUGUAUCAGCGCUGUGGCCACAGCUCACAAGGAGCCUGUUAUGAGCAUUGACUAUGACCACCAGCGCAAACUUGUCUUUACAUGUGCCGCUGAUAAUAUGGUUUGUUGCUACUCUAUUGAAGCGACAGGGCUCUAUGAGGUUAUACCGCCUGCGGUGUUGCGGAAUCCUGGCGGCUCAGAGGUGCGCUGCUUUUUGUCUCCGCAACUGGUUGUUGUCGCUGGGUGGGACUAUUCGAUCCACAUUUUUAGAGAACGGAUGGAGCAUAUUUGCAGCCUUCAAUUCCAUCGUGCGGCGAUAACAUCCGUUGAUGUAAGCACUUUGAGCCAGGCCUGUGCGGAUGUCAUAACAGACGAUAUGAUUCGCAGGCGGUGGUGUUCUAGGCCGCAAUGGCUGGUGGCUGCAAGCAGAGACUCGAGGAUAUCGCUGUGGAAUAUUGGCAGCAUUGCUUAAGCAGCCGAAAAUAAGACAUUUUUGUGAUCAUGCGCAUUUUAUUCAUGCUCAAAACCUCGUGCAAUGUAACAAGAUCAAGUGGGAACAUGCGCACAUCUGAGGAUAAAUGAAGAGAUCUCGCCCACCUUUUUCAUGUUCUUGCUUCAAUUAAAUUCAGUUUGUUUUAUUUAUUAUAUACUUGAG